AACAGAGAAAAUCAUUAAGAUCCGAUAAAAAAACCAUUUGAAUACCUCAAUAGCGUUCACAGAAAAAAUUACUAUGGCUAAUACUAAAACCUUGGUGGCUUGUUUCCUUGUAAUAAUACUUGCAGUUUCGUUGUCUAACAACAACGUUUUGGCUUCAGAUGCAGGGAUCGAAAACUUCUCAUUUGACAACUGCCACAUUAGGUGUUACGGACGGGAUGAAUGUAUGAACUACUGUUUUAAAAUUGGAUUUAAGAAAGGUGGACAGUGUGGUUCUAUUUGUAUUACAUGUCCUAUGAAAUGUUGUUGCCAAAUGUAAUACAAACUUAUAUACCAUCUCUCUCUAAAAAAUUUACGAUUCUAGCAUGGCAUUUAUAUUUUCUAAGUUAUUGGACUUAAUUUGUAUCUUGUUUUUACAAGUAAAUGCUAUGAAAUAAGAAAACUAUUUAUUGC